ACCAUCGAAACCUUUCCCCUCACUCUUGCACGCUGCUCCGACCUGCCCAACCCCCAAUCCAACCCGGCGCGUCUCUUCGCUAGCGUCCGCCGCCGUGCCGCAUCAUCUCAGCCGCGCGCCGCCAUCGCCGCCCCGGCAUUGAUUUUUCAGCCCCUCAUAGCCGGCAGAUGGAAGAGGUAUCAACCAGCGAAACCACCUCUGGCGUCGAUGAGCUAUGUGCAACAGAUUUCUACAAUCUUCGCGGCGUCGAUGACGACACCAAGGCAAGUAAGAAACGACAGCUGAGGAUGAGGGAGGAACGGAUCCAGAACAGGCGCUUAAAGAAGCAACGUAAGAAAAGGGAGGCCGAAGAAACCGUGGAGAGGGCCCUCAAGAUAAGAGAGGAACUGCGUCAACACAGGCUCGAUUUCGAGGCGUCGGUAAAGGGCAGAGAGGAGUACUACUACUACACCCCUCGGUGGAGGAAGGCAGUCCCUGUUGAUAAGGUCGAAAAACCAUUACCAGAUUUUGAAUGGAUUCCGUAUGAUUCGAUGGAUGAGUUCGGGAGAGUAUCUGAGCUCAAGCAUACAAGUUGGAGAGUCGAGGAACUCACAUUACAACUUGCUAAGUCUAUUGUUGGACUUCAGUCAUAUUCAGGAAACAAGCAUCUCUUCUCUUGCUCCGGAACUAUUGUCGAGUUUCUGAUGGGUAUUGGUUAUGUGGUAACAUCUGCAAGUUUAGUUAAAUGGCCGCACCAAGAUAAGCAGGCUGAUCAACUUAAGAUCGAUGUACAUUUACCAAGUGGAGAAGUACUCGAGGGUUCAGUCUCAAAUGUCGAUUUUUCUUACAACGUAUGUGUGGUUGAAGUUCCUUCAACUUUGCAGCUGCCAACGAGAAGUUUCAGUGCGGACACUAGAAUUUUCAAUUUUUAUGAGCGCCAUCCAAAAGAUGUUGUAGCUGUAGGCCGUCUUUGUAAGCCUUGGAGCUUGAACGCUGCUUUGGGGAAACUGGUUCCAAAAAGAAGCCAGUUUGAUUGUGAGGAGCUUCUUGUUUCAUCUUGCAGGAUUUCAAAGAGAGGUGUUGGGGGUCCUCUGAUGGAUUUUGAUGGAAAUAUCAUCGGCAUGAACUUCUAUGACAAGAAAGAGACCCCUUUCCUUCCAGGUUUCAUUGUGUUGAAGUGUUUACAGCACUUCAAUGAUUUCAAGAAGGUCAUACGACCGUUGCAUGGACUGCGAGUUAAAACUCUUAACGAAGAUGAACAGCUUGCUGCACUUGAAAAGAUACAUCAAGUGUUCCCUGAGGUCCGUGGUGUGAUCGUGGAGAAGGUCGAAGUACCUUCAGCUGAACAUUCUGAGAUAAAGGUCGGGGACAUCAUCACUCAUGUUAAUGAUGUACCUUUCUCCAGUGCUGCAGAGUUGGGUGGCAUACUGCUGGAUACGUGCGCUCAGCACAUGCUGGAGACACAGAAAUUGGACCCAACAAAAGACGGAAACCAGAUGGAAGCAGUGAUAAGCCUCAAGUUUGAUGUGAAAACAGUGAGAGGUCGCAGAUCUGAAGCCACAACCAGAACAAUCGACGUCGGCAGGUUUAAUCCUACUAGUGGAUUCAACAGGUGGCCACUUGGGAGACGUUAUCUUAUUCGACGGGUUGAGGACGGAACCCUUUUCACCGAAAAGCGGUGUGGCUAACAGGGAAUCAACUUCGUUUUGCCCCUUAUGGGUAGAACUGAUUUGUAUAUUAUGCUAGUACUAAUAUAAUUAGGGUUAGUGUUCGGUCAGGUUAGCGUCUGCUUGGUUUGAUAGUACUUUAAGAUAUAGGAGUAGACAGAAGGAAUAGUAUAAUCCAGUAUUAUUCUACUUAAGAUAUAGGAGUAGUAUAAUCCAAUAUUUAUUUCUUCCGGGGAAAUAUUUUUGGGAAAUUCUAAGCAGCAAGUAGCAACGUGUGCAUGCAUGUCUUCCUGUGGUAUGCGGCUGCUGUCCAAUGGGAUUUUGCCUAUAUAGGAAGAGCACUUGCAUGUAGGAAUCUUACACAUCAUGUAGAUAUCAUCACAUCACAUUAAUUGCUAAAUCAGAAUUUUAAAAAUGAUUUAUCUUGCAAACCGUCUGAUUAGCAAUCCGUCUUUACCUAUGUGUUUGCCUCAGCGUGGGCUAUGAAAGAAGAUGUUUGCCUCAGCGGAGGCUAUGAAACAAGAUCCCAUAUUGACAUGCUUUUGUGAAAAAAGUUGUCGCAAUCAGUUGACAGGUUAUGUCAUCACAAUUGCCAUUUUAAGUUGGAACUUUGGUCAUACAGAUUGUGUGUAGUCACCGGACAAUAAUUGUGUAUGUUUUUAAAUAUUAUAGUGUUAUUUUAAGCUGGACUGUGAGUAUUCAAGUGUUAACAAUAAGUAGGGAUGUCAAUAUUAUCCAUGGAUCAACUUCGUUUUGCCCCUUAUGGGUAGAACUGAUAUGUAUAUUAUGCUAGUACUAAUAUAAUUAGGAUUAGUGUUCAGUCAGGUUAGCGUCUGCUUGGUCUGAUAGUACUUUAAGAUAUAGGAGUAGACAGAAGGAAUAGUAUAAUCCUGUAUUAUUCUACUUAAGAUAUAGGAGUAGUAUAAUCCAGUAUUUAUUUCUUCUGGGGGAAUAUUUUUGGGAAAUUCUAAGCAGCAAGUACUCCCUCCGUUCCCAAAUAUAAGUCUUUCUAGGGAUUUCAUAAAGUGACUACAUACGAAGCAAAAUGAAUGAAUCUACACUCUAAAAUAUGUUUACAUACAACCGUAUGUUAUAUUUCAUUUGAAAUAUCUAAAAGGACUUGUAUUAAUUUAAGAACGGAGGGAGUAGCAACGUGUGCAUGCAUGUCUUCCUGUGGUAUGCGGCUGCUGUCCAAUGGGAUUUUGCCUAUAAAGGAAAAAGCACAUGCAUGAAGGAGUCUUACACAUCAUGUAGAUAUCAUCACAU